GCGGCAUGAGUAGCGCGCGCCCGGCCCGGCCCGGCAGCGCCCGCCAUGGCGCAGGCCGCGCCCGCGCCUCCCGCCACCCACUCGUUCGUCAAGAAGACCUUCCACAAGCCGACCUACUGCCACCACUGCUCGGAUCUGCUGUGGGGCCUCAUCGGGCAGGGCUACGGCUGUGAAGUGUGCAACUUCAUAGUCCACGAACGAUGUGUGGGCCAGGUGGUGACGCCGUGCUGCGGCGUAGCGCCGAGUCUCAUCAAGAACCCAGUGGCGCACUGCUGGUCAGAACCGACGCACCACAAGCGCAAGUUCUGCACGGUGUGUCGGAAACGUCUUGAUGAGAUGCCGGCGCUACACUGCAUGAUAUGUGAAUACUACGUGCACGGCGAAUGCGUGGACUUCGCGGCGGCCGACUGCAAGGAGAACGCGACGUACUGCGCGGGCUCGGAGCCGCGCCACGUACACCACUGGCGGGAGGGCAACCUGCCCAACAACUCCAAAUGCGCCGCCUGCCGCCGCGCCUGCUGCUCCGCCGAGUGCCUCACCGGCUACCGGUGCGAGUGGUGCGGGAGUACGUGUCAUGCUGGCUGCCGCGCGCUGAUCCCAGAAGAAUGCAACUUCGGGAUGUUGCAGCCGAUCUUCCUGCCGCCAUCAGCCGUAUCCAUCCCGCGGACGGAGGUGCCAAUGGAGGCCAUCAUCGGAGUCCACGUGCGGCCCCCGCCGUCGCAGAGGGACUUCGGCUGCCCGCGACGGGCGUGGGGACCGGCGCGGCUGGUGACGUUGGCGCGGCGCCUGCUGCCGGCCGCCUGCUCCCCCCACGGCGGCGCUUCGCCCCCCUACUCCAGAGCACGGAGCGUGAGCGAGGAGUUCAGCUCGGGCUGCGAGGGCCGCUCGGGCUCCGGCGGCGGCUCCACCGGUGCCCCCGCCGACCAGGACCACCGCCCCGACCACAAGCAGCACCGUGAUCGGACGCCCGAUGACAGAGAUGAAGAGGUAGUAAAGGUGUAUGACGGGGAAGCGGCGUGGACACGGCGGCUGUACCGGCCGGUGGUGGUGGGACGCAACUGGAACGAGCGGGAGCUGGUCUCAGCAGCCCUGCGAGCGUUCCACGUGGCGCGGAACCCUGAUCAGUUCGAACUAACGGACGCACUGGCCGGCGACGAGCCUCCGUUGAGGGACCCCACGCCGCUCGCGAGAGUCACACGCCUGCCUAACAAGAGGCCUGCGUUGUUCUUGCGAUUCAAGGAACCAGAAACGGGUGGUGGAGAAGUGAGAGUAUACCCUGGUCGCAUCGCAGGAGGCGGCGAGACCUUCGUAACGGUGCCCAUUACAGGCGACGAAGCGGUCGCGGAUCUCAUGGCCUCCGCGCUAGAGCGGUUUGGGCUCGACCCUUCGCGGGCAACGCAAGACUACCGCUGCUCAGAAAUUCUGUUAGACCGCGGUGGUGAGUCAAAGUUAUCAGAGAGAGUGUUAGAAGAGGACGAGCGUCCCUGGCGCAUAGUGGUGCGGCUGGCGCGCGAGUCUGUGCGGAGGAUGGAGCUGGCACGGUUCUACCUGCAGCCGCGCCGCGACCCGCACGGGCCGACCCUCGCGCUGUUCGUGGCGUCGCUGCCACCCGGCCUCUCGGAGCGCAACUAUGAGAACAUCCUCGUUGAAUUUCUGGGAGCCGACAACAAGUUCACGUCGAUCGGGCCGAUUUAUUAUGAGUAUGGUUCGAUGGUGAUAACUUACGAGGACGCCAGUAAGGCGGUGCGCGCGUUGUAUGCGCUCAGAGAGGCCAAAUAUGAAGAUAAGCAUUUAUUAGUUAUGCUGUUACCUAGUAUUGAACCCUCUAUGGUGCCGGCGGGGGUGAAGCCCCUGCUGGUCUUUGUCAACGUAAAGUCCGGCGGCUGCCAAGGCUUGGAGCUCAUCUCUUCCUUCAGAAAGCUCCUAAAUCCUUACCAGGUCUUCGACUUGGAAAACGGCGGGCCGCUGCCUGGCCUUUACGUGUUUCGUCACAUUCCCAAUUACAAGAUCCUGGUGUGUGGUGGGGACGGAACCAUCGGGUGGGUGCUGCAGUGCCUCGACAAUGUCGGUCAGGACUCGCAGUGUUCCAAUCCGCCUUGUGCCAUCGUUCCUCUUGGGACAGGAAAUGACCUGGCCAGAGUCCUGCGCUGGGGGUCCGGUUACACUGGUUGCGAGGACCCGUUGUCCUUGCUGCGUGACGUCAUCGACGCCGAGGAGAUCCGCCUCGACCGCUGGACCGUCGUCUUCCAUCCAGAGGACAAACAGGACGAACCGAAGGAACCAUCUAACAAAUUACUAGUGCCUCACCUUGCAGCGUCUGUCACCGCAGGAUUAUCACAGAGCGAAGACAACUCACAGAUCCUCGUCAUGAACAACUACUUCGGUAUCGGCAUCGACGCGGACCUCUGUCUGGACUUCCAUAACGCCAGGGAAGAGAACCCUAACAAGUUUAAUAGCAGAUUACGCAACAAAGGUGUCUACGUAAAGAUGGGUCUACGUAAGAUGGUGGGGCGGAAGAUGUGCAAAGAUCUGCACAAGGCGGUGAGGUUAGAAGUGGACGGCAAACAGGUGGAGUUACCAGCCGUCGAGGGCAUUAUCAUUCUCAAUAUACUCAGCUGGGGUUCCGGCGCGAACCCGUGGGGCCCCGAGAAGGACGACCAGUUCAACAAGCCCAACCACUGGGACGGCAUGCUGGAGGUCGUGGGGGUCACCGGCGUCGUCCACCUCGGCCAGAUACAGUCCGGGCUGCGGGGCGCUAUGAGAAUAGCUCAGGGUGGACACAUCAAGAUCAACCUCAAGAGCGAAAUUCCAGUUCAGGUGGACGGGGAGCCGUGGGUGGCCGCGCCGAGUGAGGUCGUCGUGCUCAAAUCUGCACUUAAGGCGACGAUGCUGAAGAAAACCAAGCGCGGCGCCGCGGGCUCGGCCAACCCGUGACUCGCGCCUCACGCCCCGCACGCCUCGCCCGCAGGCCACCAUGCUGAAGAAGCGCGGCAAGGUGCGGCGCCGCAACACCGAGCCGAGCGUGGCGCGCGAGCCCGCGGGC